AUGGUGGUUAAUCUGAGAUUGAUGACUAUGAAGGGUUUCUCGACUUGGGGUUUUGUCACACAAGUCGCUAUUACUUUGAGUGUUGUUUACCCUGAUUCAUAUUUUGAGUGGGAGAUUCCUCAAGGAACCCACAACGACAUAAAAUCUGUGGAUGAACAACUCAAUCCUAGAAAGAGGAAGGAUUCCUUUUUAGGGGGAGCCAAUGAUAAUGAUGUCGGAAGCUCUUCUGCCACUGGUGAUUCUUCAACCCAUCCUCCUUCCAAGAAAAUCAAGCUCACUAUUGUUCUGAAUGAUUUAGCUAAAUAA